AUGAGUAGCAGUGCGCCGGUUGCUACAGUGUUUGUCGAUUUUAAACAAGCUUUCGAUGAAUUAUGGUGGGAUGGAUGUAUCGGUAAACUGUUGUGGCUAGGCAUCCCGAAAGCGUAUGUUGUGUGGAUUGAUGCUUGGCUGAAAGAUCGUAAAGGCUUCAUUGAAAUGCAGGGCAAUUGUUCGAGUUAUUUUCCUAUCUCGAGGGGUGGUCCACAGAGGUCGUCAUCAAAGAUCUGA